AUGGCUUCAGAGAUUAAAGAAUCCUUAAAGCACAAGACAGCAGCAAAAUACCUUCAGAAAGACAAUUUAGAGUUCAUUCCAACUCAUGCUUCUCCUGUACAAUGGGGAGAAAUCUUUUCUGACUCAUCAAGUGCCCAGCUCAACUUUUCCCCAAGCAAAAAUGGCUUCUCAGCAAAGCAGGAGCUGCAAAAACUCUGGCAGAUGUUUAACUCAUGGUUGCAGCCAGAAAAACAGAGCAAGGAGCAGAUGAUUUCUCAACUGGUCUUGGAGCAGUUUCUCCUCACUGGACACUGUAAAGACAAUUUUGUCUUGAAAGAGAUUUGGGAAGCAAGUGGAAGAAACAUGGGGAGAUUCAUGGAGGGGCUGACUGAUGAGUGCUUGAAGCCUCCUGCCAUGGUCUAUGUAUCCAUGCAAGGACAGGAAGCCCUAUUUUCUGAAAACAUGCCAUUAAAAGAAGUCAUCAAGCUUUUGGAACAACAGAAAUCAGCAACAGGGCUAACACCAGAGAGCACCCAGAUGCCGGCACACUUCACAGAAGAUAUAUUAUUGGCCACAGGACAAGAAAACAGUGAAAAUAAACACACUUCUGGGAAUUCUACUGAAGUAAACAUUGGUGAUAGCAGUACUAGACAUGAGAUGAACUCCCUUCUUAUUAUACAGAAAGAGCCGCCGCGUCCUGAGCAGGAAGAGAGACUCGAUUCUUUUCAAUUCGCUCAGGGUGCCAGAGCAAGUCAAGGCAACUCCAGUCAUCAUGUAGAGUUUCUGAGUCCUCACACUUGCAGAGAUAUCCCCAUGGAGGCACAACCGGUGAUUUUCUACAGGACAAACAUCUCUGAGGACAGGGAAGAGUGCUGUACCACUUCCAAGAAUGCUACUCAAGAAAAUAGUGGUGAUAAUAUUCCUAUGAGGAAGAUGGAUUCCAUCUUCAUUAACCAGAGAAUGUAUCAUCCUGAGCCUAAAAUGGGAGAUGUUUCUUAUGGGGUUUCUCAGGAUUUUACAAGAAGAAGUCCUGGAACAUCCACAAGCCAACAAGAGUCACUGGGGCUAACUUUUUCUGAGGAUGACCCUAGAGACAUUCCAGGAGUCCACUCCAGGCCAGAGAAGCUUACAUCUGAGGCUGUACUUCUUUAUCAGUAUCAGGAGGCAAACUCGACAAGUAAAAUUCAUCAAAAGAGAUUACAUGUAGGUUCUAAACAGUACAAUUGUGAAGAAUGUCCUAGGACUUUCAAAUAUGCCAGUCAUCUUUCACUCCACCAGAGAACUCACCAAAAUAAGAAGGCAUUUGUCUGUCCCACCUGUCAGAAAACAUUCAAAAGAGCCUCUGACCUCCGAUGUCAUGAGGUCAUACACAAUCCAGAGAAGCCUUUCAAAUGUAGCACAUGCGAAAAGUCCUUCAGCCACAAGACCAACCUGAAGGCUCAUGAGAGGAUUCACACAGGAGAAAAGCCUUAUGUCUGUUCCCUGUGUAGCCAUAGAUUCUGCCAAUCAUCUACAUAUAACCGUCACCUGAGGAAUGUGCACAAGUCUGACUGA